AAAUAUUACUUCGUAAAGCGAUUUUUCUGCUUUCCGACCGUUGUCGAUAAUAAAAGAGAGGGCUCGACGGCCUUAUCUCCCGCAAUCAGCUUGACAAAUAUGUGUUUCCAAUAGCAUAAUAUAUUUCAUUGUGAAAGCAAACUCGUGAGAGAGACAUUUGAACAUUAUUACUGUCGACUUCUGGACUCUGAACGUCUAAUCGAACGUUUAAAUGGAAACGCCAAGUGAUACAUAUGUGGGAGCCAUUGAUGAGGGCACCACCUCGGCCCGCUUCAUAAUUUUCCGCGCUGGCACUGACGACAUUGUCUGCUACCAUCAGAUCGAAGUGCCCUCUAUAUUCCAGAAGGAAGGCUGGUGUGAGCAAGAUCCCAUGGUUAUAGUGAACACCGUCAACGAGUGCAUCGCUGGAGCUUGUAAGAAACUGAUCGCUCUCGGUGGACAAAUUCAGGAUAUCAUCACGAUUGGAAUAACGAACCAGCGUGAGUCUACCGUAGUUUGGGACCGGAACACCGGCCAACCCCUGGCUAACGCUAUAAUAUGGCUGGACAAUCGCACUACGAGCACGGUAGAGGAGCUCCUGGAGGCCAUUCCCAACAAUGCCAGAAACAUCAACUACCUACGCCCGCUAUGUGGACUGCCGCUCUCUCCCUACUUCUCGGGAGUAAAACUGCGUUGGCUACGUGACAAUGUCGCGACAGUCAAGGCGGCAAUGGACAGCGGAGAGGCAAUGUUUGGAACCAUCGACACUUGGCUAAUGUACAACCUCACCGGUGGCAAGAAUGGUGGUGUCCACAAGACGGACGUGACCAACGCUUCACGGACAAUGCUGAUGAAUAUUGAAACCCUUCAGUGGGACCCCAAUCUACUGAAAUUCUUUGGACUACCCAAGACCAUCUUACCGGAGAUUUGUUCGAGCGCAGAGUUCUAUGGCCGCAUAGCGCAGGGCGUGCUCAAGGGGACAAGUGUGACUUCGGUCUUGGGGGAUCAACAAGCAGCGCUCGUCGGACAACAGUGUCUUUCUAAAGGUCAAGCCAAGGCAACCUACGGUACUGGUUGCUUCCUGCUCUACAACACGGGUCCCUCCAUUGUGCACUCCCAGCACGGACUUCUAACGACAGUGGGCUAUCAAUUGGGGCGGAAGGCCCCGCCGAACUACGCUUUGGAAGGAAGUGUGUCCAUAGCUGGAGCUGCUUUCAAUUGGCUGCGCGACAACAUUGGAAUCAUUCAAAACUCCGGGCAGAUCGAGACUAUGGCAGCCACAGUGGAUAACUCCUUAGAUGUCUACUUCGUGCCGGCCUUUAACGGAUUGUACGCUCCUUACUGGAAUCAAGAUGCCAGGGGCGUCAUAUGUGGGUUGAGUGAGGAGACGACCAGUGAACACAUUGUCCGGGCCACGCUGGAGGCGGUCUGCUUUCAGGUCCGAGAUAUCCUGGAUUCUAUGCACAAGGAUUGCAAAAUCCCACUGGCGCGGCUGAUGGUUGAUGGGGGGAUGACGGUUAACAACCUGUUCCUGCAGCUUCAGUCGGAUCUAGUUGGAAUUCAUGUGCUUCGGGCCAAGAUAGCAGAGACAACAGCGCUGGGCGCUGCAAUGGCAGCUUAUAAAGCUGUCGAGAAUCGGUACUCCAUGGAGGCUCCCCUUUCUAAAUCAGGUCCCCGUGAACCUAUAAAGCCCACGAUAGGUUCUACUGAACGCAAUCUUCGAUACCAAAAAUGGAAAAUGGCAAUUGAUCGAUCCUUAAACUGGGAGACCUCCACUCUGCCACAGGGCGAACGCGAGGCAUUUGAUGGAGCAUAA